AUGGAAGUUAAGAGAGAUUUUUGCAAGUACAAAUGUGAAUUGAGAACAGUGACAUUUACUGUUGUUUUGCAGAUCAUCUUUUAUGAGGACAAGAACUUCCAGGGCCGCUCAUAUGAAUGCUGCUCUGACAAUCCAGACCUUCAUUCCUAUUUCAGCCGCUGCAACUCAGUUAGAGUUGAAAAUGGAAAUUGGAUACUUUAUGAACGAACCAACUACACCGGUCACCAAUAUUUCUUGAGGAGAGGAGAGUAUCCUGAUUUACAGAAAUGGAAGGGUUUUAAUGGCUUCAUCCGAUCAUGCAGGUUGACUCCCCAACACCAGGGUCCAUUCAGGAUGAAGAUCUAUGAAAGAGAAGAUUUCAGAGGUCAAAUGAUGGAGUUUACAGAAGAUUGUUCUAAUGUUUAUGAGCAAUUCCGUUACCAUGACAUCCACUCCUGCCACAUCCUUGAUGGUUAUUGGAUGUUCUAUGAAGAGCCCGACUACAAAGGACAUCAGUAUUAUUUGAAACAUGGAGAAUACCGAAGAUACAGUGACUGGGGUGCCAAAGAUGCCAGAGUUGGCUCUUUUAAACAGAUUCAGUAUUUACAAUAACCUAUGCAAAAUACAUGUAACUUAAUAAAACUAUGGUAAUCUGGUUUUGUAUUAAUGGUCGUUUAGUAAAAAUAAAAAAUAUCUUGUUACCAGUUA